UUCAGAAACACAAAGAUGUCAGUUUCCUGCACAAAGAAUUUCUUCAGGAGGUUUUGUAUUGAUGAAUACCAAAUAGAUAGUGUUGCUCAGAGCAGCUUCUUCUCUAGUGAUCUAUUGCCAUCUCUUGGAGCCAGAAUCAACCAAUCAACCAAGCUCCGAAAAUACAUUAUAUCGCCUUACAAUCCUCGUUAUAGGGCUUGGGAGAUGUUACUCAUUGUUCUCGUCAUUUACUCCGCCUGGAUUUGCCCAUUCGAGUUUGCAUUCUUGACUUACAAGCAAGAUGCUCUUUUUGUCAUCGACAACAUUGUCAACGGUUUCUUUGCCAUUGACAUCUUCCUCACUUUCUUUGUUGCAUAUCUCGACAGCCAGUCUUAUCUUCUUGUUGACAAUCCCAAGCAAAUUGCAAUGAGGUACAUAUCAACCUGGUUUAUUUUCGAUGUGUGUUCCACUGCCCCAUUCCAGCCUAUUAUUAGCCUCUUUUUUACAAAUCAUGGCAGCAAACUUGGCUUUAAAGUACUGAACAUGCUCCGGCUGUGGCGCCUCAGACGAGUGAGCUCCCUGUUUGCAAGACUUGAGAAGGACAUUCGAUUCAAUUACUUCUGGACUCGGUGCACAAAGCUCAUUUCUGUGACCCUUUUCGCAGUACAUUGUGCUGGUUGCUUUUACUAUCUGAUAGCAGACAGAUACCCCGAUUCAAAACAAACAUGGAUCGGUGCAGUGUACCCAAAUUUCAAAGAGGAUAGUCUUUGGAACAGAUAUGUCACUGCAAUGUACUGGUCUAUCACAACACUCACAACCACUGGCUAUGGAGACUUGCAUGCUGAGAACCCAAGGGAGAUGCUGUUCGAUAUUUUCUACAUGCUGUUCAACUUGGGAUUGACAGCUUACCUCAUCGGAAACAUGACAAACCUUGUGGUUCAUUCGACCAGCAGAACCAGAAUCUUUAGGGACACGGUGCGAGCUGCUUCAGAAUUUGCAGCAAGAAAUGACUUGCCGCCAAGAAUACAGGACCAAAUGUUGUCACACAUAUGCCUCAAGUUCAGAACAGAAGGGUUGAAGCAGCAAGAGACCUUGAAUGUUCUCCCCAAAGCGCUUCGUUCAAGCAUUGCUCAGCAUCUCUUCUUCCCCAUUAUUCAAAAGGUCGAUAUCUUCCAAGGAGUUUCAUAUGACUUCCUUUUCCAAUUGGUAUCAGAAAUAGAUGCCGAGUACUUUCCACCCAAAGAAGAAGUCAUUCUGCAAAAUGAGGCCCCAACGGAUCUUUACAUACUGGUCUCAGGUGCAGUAGUUUUAAUAUCCAAUCUUGAUGGGCAAGAGCAAGUUGUAGGAAAGGCAAAUUCCGGGGAUACUUUGGGCGAAAUAGGAGUAUUAUGUCAGAGGCCACAGCCUUACACAGUUCGGACAACUGAACUUUCCCAAAUAUUACGACUCCGCAGAAAUUCACUGAUGACCACUAUACAAACAAAUAAGGAAGACGAGCAGAUUAUCAUGAACAACAUUUUUAUGAAACUGAAAGGGGAAGAUGGCUCAGGCUUUGAAUAUCCACAUACAAAUCCAGGCUUAAUGCUUGACAAUUGUCCUGGAGGAGGACAGAGAGGAGGAUGCAAAGAUAGCUCACAUGAAGAUGCAGCAAUGCAGGAAGCAAGGAACAAUUGCUUUACAGCUUCGCAGGCUAGGAAGAAGAGUGAAAUAGGGAAAGCUCAAAUGACAGGUGAGAAUGGCCAAACUGAAAUUCAAGCUGCUGUUUGCCAGGGCCAUCUGGAAAAGGUAAAAAUUGUGGUUGAAGGAGGAGCAGAUGUCAACAAACCGGAAGCUAGAGGAUGGAUGCCAAAAGGAGACAAGGACAUACAUGACCUCUUAUUAAGUUAUGAAAAUAGAAGAGAAAUGGAUGAACAUAGAAUAGAGUUCAUUGAGCCAGAAACAUCUGGAAGCACCAGCAAUUGUGAAGGAAAUUGUAAAACACAGGAAGACCACCAACGUAUUCAUUCUCACUUGAGAAAGGUAGCCAUGAAGUCAUAUCAGUGCCCGUCUAGCCCUGCAAGUGACAGAGAACAAAGGAUCAGAUCAUACAGCAAGAGAGUAACUAUCCACAUGCAUUCUAAAAGUGAAAAUGUGUCGGAAAGGCAUCUUGCAAAAUUAAUAAUUCUACCUGAUUCCAUAGACGAGCUGCUCAGAGUUGCCAGUGAUAAGUUUGGAGGCUACAGACCUACAAAAGUCGUGAAUGCAGAGAAUGCAGAAAUAGAAGACAUGAGCGUCGUUAGAGACGGUGAUCAUCUGUUUCUUCUUCAUAAUGAUUGUCAAAAUUUGUACUCUGAUGUGACCUAAUGUUGUUCGAAGAUGUGAAGGUAACUUGUAACAUUUAAUAAGAAUUAACAUAAGUUUUGAUGUGA